CCCGCACACGCACAGAUGCCCGCCCCAGCUCCGCAAUGGCUGCGGCGUGCAGGAGAGGAAAGCAGGGAGCGCACGGCGAGCCCCGGCCCCGCCCCGCCCCGGAAGCAAAGCAUUCGGGGGCGAUGCCCCGGAAAGCGGCGCGCACGCAGGCGCGGAGGCCGCACGUGGCAGGAGCGGUGUCCCGGUGCCCGGAGCGGUAGCGCCAUGGCGAGCCGGAGGGACCCCUUGGACCGCGCCCAGGUGAAGAAGGCGGUGGAGGCUCUCUUGGCUUUCUCCAGAAGCAAGGCAAAGGGAGACGCGCUGCUCCUCAACGAGAGCGAGAGCCUUCAUCUCCUGGUGACGGUGUGGAAGGUCCCGCAGGUGGCAAAGGUCAUCAGAAUACCACUGCCCCAUGGCAUUCGACCAGAAACAGCUGAUGUUUGCCUCUUCACAAAGGAUGAACCAAAUUUAUCAGCAGAACAGACUGAAAAUCUGUACAAGAAACUUUUACUCCGGAAUGGGAUCAGAAGUAUUAGCCGGAUUAUCUCAUACAAAACCCUCAAAAAGGAGUAUAAAAUGUUUGAAGCCAAGCGGCGCCUCCUGAACAGUUUUGAUCUCUUUCUGUCUGAUGACCGAAUUAGAAGGCUUUUGCCCUCCCAUCUGGGAAAACACUUCUAUGAAAAGAAAAAGGCACCUUUAUCUGUAAACCUGAAAGCCAAAGAUCUUGCCAAGGAACUAGAAAAACAUAUCCAAGGGACUAUACUCCCAGUUAAUAACAAAGGGUGCUGUUAUACAAUGCGCAUAGGUCACACUGGGAUGAAAGUGGAUGAGAUAUUUGAGAAUAUCAUUGCAGCAGCAAAAGUGAUUGGUGACAAGUUACCAAAGAAAUGGAAAAAUGUAAAAAUUCUUCACCUCAAAACACUUAAAUCAGUUGCACUCCCAAUAUUCACUGCAAAUAUCUCCAACCUGGAUGAGCUUGACAAACAGCCAUCUCUCAAGAAAAAUGAAGUAAAGAAGGCAAAACCCAAGAAGGUGAAGAAGACAGCUAAAAAACUGAAGUCAGGUCAAGUCACUGUGACAACAGAAAGUAAAGCUGCUCCUGCUGGUACCCAGGAGCCUGUGAUUAAAGAAAAGAUAGAAAUAGUCCAGGAACCAGGUGAUUGUGAUGACGAAGAAAUUCCACAACUGGUGCCUAUACAAACAACGAGCUUAGCUGACCUGAAGAAAAUGGGACCAAAUUCAGAAAAAGGUGCCAAUUUGGGCAAGAAAACCAAAACACCCCUUGGUAAGAGAAAGAAAACAUCUCUAGUGGCGGAUACUCCAAAAUCAAAACCUGAGGUUACAGAGUGUGCAAACUUGCAGACAUCAUCAAAAGAGAAAAAAGCCAAGCAGGUCAGUAAGCCAGAGGAAGCAAUAAAAGAAAAAGACAUGAAAAAUGCUCCAAAAAAACCUGAAGCAAAGUCUUUUGCAACACCCAAAGUUGGCAAGUCACUACAGUCAGCCAGGAAAUCUUCAAAACCACAGAAGCGGGCACCCAGAAAGGUGCGCGUGCCGCAGUCAGCAUGAACGUUGUCUGUUGUAACAUAUUUUGUAUCAUCAUUUUAGGUAAACAAAUGUAUUGAUGAAGUAAAAUACCUUCUUAGGAAAUCUGAUCCCAAGAGUUUUUUUUCACCAAGAUCUGUAAUGAUUCAUUGGUUUCCUUCUAAUUUACAAGCUGGUACAAAUAAACUCACUGUCUUAAUGGUCCCAUCACCUUUUGCUGGCACAAACCAAAACCACUCAAAUUUUUCAAGUGUCAAAGGGAAGAGAGGGUUUUAUCCCAGGAAAAAAAGGCUGAGAAAUAUUUUAAUAAAUGCUGUCUUUCUGAAGCAAGAAGGAUGCAUGCCAAGAGCAGCAAUCUGCAUGUGCUUUUAAAGGUGAAAAAACUGCUACAGUUAAAAAAAAAAAAAUUGUUCAAUAUAAUAAAGACAGGUUGACAGUGAUUGGUAUUACUGCAGAUAUCUAAGUUAGCAGCCUGAUACCAAGCCCCACAUUGUAAUUUUUAGCUGUUUUUACCUAGGGUAUUCAUGAGUGAAAAAGGCCUAAAGAAUUUUGCUUUAACCAUAUACAUAUAUUUUACAGCAUAAAGCAAAAUCUUACCUUCAGUUUUGGGCUUUAUUUCUGCUACCAGAACAGUUGAGAGCAUUCCUGCAUGAUGCUCACAGAACUGUUGUUCUUCCAUCUGUAGAAAGCCAAAGGCUGUGUGAAUUCCAGUUGUGCCAGCCAAGUGAACUUGUCCUGUUAAGGCAUGAAAAAUACAUACUUCAGGAUUGAAAGGUGAUAUAUUUGAAAUUUUACAUAACUGCCCAGUUGUUUUCUGUAUGAUAACUUGUCUGUCCUUUGCAGAGUGAAAAUAUGAGGCAGAUUUGUGUUGAAAAGUCCUAGUGGUAAAAACUCCAAAUAGGAAAAAGGUGGUAAGAGACAAGAUUAAUCAGCAGGAAGUAACCAGCCUACUUUGUCAUUCAAAAAACUACCACAUCUCCUUUUUAUCCUCAUAUCAAGAUAUUGGCUGCCUAGAAAGAAAGUGGGUGCUAAAUAAGAGUAUGAAAAUAUUCUGCUUGAUCUGUGAUGUCAACUUUUUUUGACCCUCUUGCAACCCUGACUUUUUGUAACUUUUCAACUAUUUUGUGAAUCAAAAGCUAUGAUAGUAAUCCCAGUAAACCAAUAGCACUCACGGUCACUGGAAGAGUAGCAGCAGUAUCAUUUAAAGCACACAAUUUCCACUAAAAUGUGGAAAGUACCUAUUCUAUUAGGCCUAGUCAUAGUUCCUGUUGGCUUGAUAUUUCUAGUUAGUGGAACAGUGGCUUCAUCAUUAAAUAAGGUGUUAGAUAUAAGGCCCUUGUGAGGGCAGGCACAGGAGAGUCUACAUCUAAAUACAGUUCUUGUGCUUGAGGACUUUGGAGUGUAAAAAUAUAUGUAUCAGGUCAUUAACACAAGGGUGAACUGAACUAUGUGUCUUGCCUUUAAAAUAACAGUUUUACUUACUGAAAAACAAUACAGUUUUUACAUCCUA